AUGAUUUCCAACGGUAGAACAAAUCUUGAUUCACGCAAUCAAAUGCAAAAAAAAAACCCUGAGGAAACAUUUUGGGGCAAUAAAUCUUUCACUCCUGAUGAAUUCGAAGUAAUCCAAGCGACCCUAGACAAACAAUUGGGACCCGAAUUUUUAAGUACACCUGGAAAAUUGGCAUAUAUUGAGGCAUGGAAAGUAAUUAGUAUAGCCAAUAAAGUAUUUGGCUUUAAUGGAUGGUCUUCCAGUGUUGAAGAUAUAACCGUUGACUGUGAGGCUGGAAAGUACUCAGUUGGUGCCUCUGCUACCACCAAAGUUAUCUUAAAGGAUGGUUCAUAUCACAUGGAUACUGGAUAUGGAUCAGCUGAAAACAUACGAAUGAAAGCCCAGGCCUUUGAGAAGGCUAGAAAAGAAGCAGUCACUGAUGCGUUAAAAAGGACAUUGAAAAAUUUUGGAAAUGUGCUAGCACCUGAAUUCUCAACUGCAUCUAAUGAGGCACAAUUAAUAAAUACAAUUCAAAAUAAUGUGUCUAAUUCUCCACCAAAGUCAUCAUUACCUUCAGGACAAUCAUCACAGUCACAAUUAACAAAUACAACUCAAAAUAAUAAUAUAUCCAAUUCUGUUCCCUCACAGCCAUCACAGUCGUCAUUACCUUCAGGACAAUCAUCACAUCCAUCCCAAUCUACAUUUUCUAAAGAUAAUAUAUUAAAACAAGUUUCUAAUCAGAGUAAUCACCAAAAUACCUGUUUAAAUAAUAAUACAACUACCGAAAACAAUGGAACAUGUGCCUUUAUUCAAGUUUCUAAAAAAGAAAAUGUGAAUAAUGUGAAUACCGUGAAUACCGUAUGCAGUUCACACGAAAAUAACCAAAAAAACCAAAAAAGUAAUACGAAUAAUGCUGCAAUAGAGAAUUCAUCAGUGCCUCAAAGCAAUACCAGUUCAUUUUCAAAUAUUAAAGAUAAAUCGCGUGAAUAUACAAAAGAGGAAAUUGCUAAUAUGUUUGAAGAGUGGGAUCGUCAAAAUAAUCAUUAUCUUUCUGCGGAACUUGAGUUUGGUUCUGAUUUUGAAAACAAUUUUGAAUAUUUAAGUCCAAAAGAGAAUGAUCAAUCAUAUGAUCAAUCAGAACCAGAUUAUGAUGAUUAUUUUUUGCCUCAAAUUGAAUCACAAGAUACCAUUGCAUCAAUUCUAUCAAAUGAAGGACCACCCCAAUGGCAACUUAAGAACUCAAAAAAUUCUAAUUCUACAAAUGUUACAUCAAAUCAAAAAGUACAACAAGUAAAUCGGGAAGUAUAUCAAAGGAAUUCAAAUCUUAGUCAGUGCAUUGGGAUAAAAAGUCCAACCAAUUCAUAUUUAAAUAAUUCAAAUGGACAUCAACCUCUCACAAAGAAAUUCAGAUCUUAA